GUUUACACUCCCAAAACAUCAUUAUUACCCGUCACCUUCCCCGUCACUAACACCAACAGUGUCACCAAUUCAUCCUUCUUUCUACUUAUAAAUUGCCGGCAGUCAAUUCGUGGGAUUCUCCAAUUCUACUGCCUCAACAGACUUCUUGACAAAAAAACAGACUUCUUGACUGCUGACUGCUGACCUCUGAAAUAUACAUACAUACAGGGGGGGCACUUGGCAGGUGAUGUUAUGGCGGAAGCCACAGAAUCUGCAAUGACAGAGACCAAGAAGGUGAUCAAUCCCAGAGUUGAAAUCGAUACUUCACCGCCCUUUGAGUCGGUUAAGGAGGCUGUAGACCGUUUUGGAGGGGGUGGUCCUUGGAUGCCCCAUCACUUGCUUGGUUUGGCUGCUCACCAUCAGCAUGGCACUGAGGUCUUUGACAUUGAUAAAGUGGAGGAGCAAGCUGCACUAUUGGAGAGGGACCUCAUCAUGAAAGAGCAGGAAACGCUUAAUGUAUUGAAGGAAGUGGAAGCUACAAAAAGAUUUGUUGAAGGCCUAAAGUUGAACUUAAUUCAAGAAAUGACUGCUUUCAUGGAAAGUCCAGAAAGCCAGGAUUCAGCUGGGAGAUUAAACUUGUGUCCUGUUGUCUCCCCUGGUUUAAUCUCAAUGGAAUUGAACCAAGCUAAGAUGAACCUCUGUAAAACAACCACAAAUCUUGCGGUGAUUCGAGCUUCUGUUGAGACUCUGAAUAAUAAAAUGAAGGGAGAAAAUGUUUUGCUUGAAAAGAACAGCGAUAGGAAAAUCCCAAAUUCUUCUAAAUUACUAUCAGCUCAGGAGGAUUGUGAUAGAUGCAGACUAAUGCCAGAUGAAGACCGAAAUUUGCCAACUCCCAAGAACCCCGAAACCUCAAUAGACAUCUUGAGGGAUGUCAAAGAAGUAAAUUUUGAGGCUGAGCAAUUCAAGAAAAUGACAGAGGCUUCCAGAUAUGAGGUUAUGAAGGCAAUGUCCGAAAUUGAACGAACAAAGACCAGCAUCAAGAUGGCUGAAAUGAGGUUAACAGCUGCCAGAAAAAUGGAAGAAGCAGCUAAGGCUGUGGAGGCUAUUGCUCUUGCCGAAAGGAGUGCUCUAUUAGAUGGCAACAAUUCACCAGAUAUAUUCUUGCAUAAGCCUGGUGGAAUAACUCUGUCCAUUGAGGAGUACAACUCCCUUACUCACAAGGCCCAACAAGCUGAAGAGCUGUGUAAGACCAAGUUUGUAGAUAUGAAUACCUUGCGCCAGACUGAUUGCGCAAAUCAAUCAGAAGUAACCAUCUUGAAGAAGCUAGAAACAACAAAACAAGAAACUAGACGCUGUAAAAAAUCCCUUGAAGAGGCUUUGGGCAGUGAAGACGGUUGUGAUAGGAAAAGGUUGGGAUUUGACGACGACGGUGGUAAGGGUGCUACCGAAGUGGAUCAAAUGGGAUACUCGGGGCAUAAUUCUGCAAAAUUCAGGUUUAGAAACUCCCGUCCAGCUUCUGCCCAGAGAGGGUCUGAGGCAGUGAAUGAAAAUGAACCAAAUGUUGUUAAAGACAAAGUUUAUAGGUCUACCAUUUCCAUUGGCGAUAUACUAAGCAGGAAGUUGAUUCUGCAAGAUGAUAUUGUAGUGGGAAAUCAUGUUGACAGCCACGCUGAAAGGCAAGAGGUGUCUUUGAGCCAAAUGCUUCGUGAACAAAGCGGACUUCUGUUGCACCCUACAAAAUCUAUGAAGGAUGGGACUCUGGACAAGCAAUUCUAUACUCAGAGGAAGAAAUUUGGAUUUAUUCAUGUAAGUAUUCCCAGGCACAGCAAGAAAAAAGCACAGGUCUAAUGAUUAUAUCUUGGUUUAUAGAGGAAUUGCUUUAUUCCCCAUGCUAAUAACUUGCCCCCUUUCUCAGUUCCCAGAUAAUUUGUUGCGUGUUAGGCUUGCUUAAUUUGUGUGGAUUUUGAGAGGUUGUCUCCUAUAAGUUAUUUGCUAAGGUGUUGAGUGUAUCUUCUGUAUAGAAGUUUUAAUGCAAUGGUUUAUAUAGGCCAAUUUCGGAUGUAUACUGCUGAUUAUCUGUGAAUUCAUGGUACUUUUCAAUUCUAUCA